GGCCGGGACCCGGGGGCGUGGAGCGCGCCGCCGCUGUAGUCGCUUCGCUGCUCGCUCGUCCGUCCGCUCAGUGCCUUACGAGACGCGACGGCGAGCACGCGUCCCCGCGCCUCCGGUGACCGUAGUGAAGUGCACGAGUGCCACAUGACACAGCGGACCACAGCCACUCUCCUGCGCCUUGUUUGACGCUUGCACGAUGUCCUGUGCCCGGGGUCUUUGCACUGCCGAGAAGAUAUUCAUCUUCAUCAACAUCGCCUUCGCAAUGUACAGCGGCGCGCUGCUGGCGACGGCGGCGCGGCUGGCGUGGGACCCCAGCACGUACACGUGGUUCCGGUUCCUGUGCGCGGCGCAGUACCGCGUGUCGGCGGCCUACGUGUUCGCGGCCGGCGUGUGGCUGGCCGCGCUCGUCUACCUCGCCGCCGCCGCCGCGCAGCGCAGCGCCACCCACUGCCUGCACGUCUACGCGGCCGGCGUGGUGUGCCUCGCGCUGAGCGAGGUGGGCUACGGCGCGUGGAUGGGGGCCUCUCUGGCGGCCUGGUGGCGCUCCGCCCCGCAGGCCGAGCUGGCGCGCCGCGGCAUGGACCUGCUGCACGACCUCAAGCCCGCGCUGCUGGCAGUGGAGCGCUACCGCGACGUGGCGCGCCCGCUCUACGACAUGAUCGAGGAAGUGGAGCGCGAGGCGCCCAAUAACGCCUUCGUGAUUAUCGUGUUCGGAGUGCUGGGCGUGGUGCUGCAGGUGGCCGCGUUCGUGAUGGCGCGGCGGCUGGCGGCGCGCGCGCGGCGCCCGCCGGAGUGCGAGCCCUCCGAGAAGGAGGGCGGGGUGUGCGCCGUGGCCGCCGCCGACGAGGACAGCGACUGCAACGACGCGGAGCGGCCGCCGCCCGGCUGGCGCAAGAAGGCCAACCUGCGCAUGUACACCAUACUCGACAAAAUUUUCUAGCAGGAAGAAACAGGCGCUCCGGGUGCUUCCAGAGCGCGGGGUGAGGUGAGGACGGGAGGGGCGCGCGCCCGCGUGCCGCGGCGCAGAGGGCGCGGGGCCGCCAGGCGGGGGCGCGCGGCGCUGGUGGCGCGCGACGCGGCCUGGGACGCCGUGCAGGCGCAGCUGAGGGCCCGCGCGCCCCCGGCCCGCGCGCCCCCGCCGGCCGCGCCCUCGGCGCCCGCCGCGGCGCUGCUCAUCCUGCACACGGAGCUGUAGCACAUAUCCGAGCGGUCGACGCCGAAGCCAUGUGAUGCCAUUCUUAUUACUAAAGUCACGAGACUUGCCUUCCACUUGUAAAGGUCUGCCUAUAUCUCAUAAGUUUCUAUAUUGUUUUGUAAUAUACUGAUAACGAGUACAGACUGCCAUAUUACGUAGGAAACUGUAACGUAAGGAUAUAUUAUUAUGUUACGUUUGUAGAGUAAGGAUAGCGAGGAUGUUCAAAGAGUUUAGGUAGUGCGCCACGCGCGCGUUGCAUGAGGCGGUGUCUAGUUGUUACAUAUUCCUGUAGCUAUUGUAUCGGAGGUAGUAUUGUUAACGUUAGCCGAAGUGUAGCUAGUGCAACAGACUAUAUUUUAUAGAUAUGUUUUCUAGGAUGUUGAGUAGAAACUUGUUGUCUUGUAGCGAAGUUAUCGAGAGACGUGGUGCUAUCAACUCAAGCCUAGUAACGGCUAACAGUCUAAGUAAGUGGGCGCGGGAGGCACACCGAGCGCGACACCUCCCGCUGCACUUACAGGAAUAGAUACACUAUUCCAUACAUAUGUCGGUUGUAUUCCAAGUUUUCCUGUCAUUUCAGUUCAAAUAUUGUGAUACCAUUUUGCUGUGAUUUGAGUUAUCGUACACAAGCGAGCACAGUGCCGGGUAGCUGGUGCCAAAUAGUGUAAGCCGUGUAGUAUGUACGAGCCGCGCACUGUCCUAGACAAUACCCAGUACCGGCUCUCGCAGCCACUAGACAAUAAGCGAUACGCACAGCUGUGCUCCUACUCCUAUGUUAAGCAAUAAAGUGAUAUUUUUGUAA